GCGGCGCUGGCCGGGCCCUGUUUCCCGUCUGAUGGUGGCCGGGCCGGGCGGGUGGUUGUGGCGCCGCGGACCCGCCCGGAGCCGCCGCUUCCCUCAGCCCCGCCGCCCCGGGCAGGUCCGGCCGCUCCGCCAUGGCCCCCGGCUGGUUCGGCCGCCUCUGCCUCCUGCUGCUCUGCCUCUGCCAGGAAGCCGCCGCCGGGAGGGACUUCUACAAGAUCCUGGGGGUGUCCCGCGGCGCCUCUAUCAAGGACAUCAAGAAGGCCUAUCGCAAACUGGCGCUGCAGCUCCAUCCCGACAGGAACCCCGACGACCCGCGGGCGCAGGAGAAGUUCCAGGACCUGGGGGCGGCCUAUGAGGUGCUGUCGGACGAGGAGAAGCGGAAGCAGUACGAUGCAUACGGCGAGGAGGGACUGAAGGACGGACACCAGAGCUCCCAUGGAGACAUCUUCUCCCACUUCUUUGGGGACUUUGGGUUCAUGUUUGGAGGGAACCCUCGCCAACAAGACAGGAACAUUCCCCGAGGGAGCGACAUCAUCGUGGACCUGGAGGUUACGCUGGAGGAGGUGUAUUCAGGAAACUUCGUAGAAGUUGUCAGGAACAAGCCGGUGGCAAGACAGGCGCCCGGCAAGCGGAAAUGCAAUUGCCGGCAGGAGAUGAGGACCACCCAGUUGGGUCCAGGACGCUUCCAGAUGACUCAAGAAGUCGUUUGUGAUGAAUGUCCGAACGUCAAGCUGGUGAAUGAGGAGCGGACGCUGGAAGUGGAGAUCGAGCCCGGCGUGAGGGAUGGGAUGGAGUAUCCUUUCAUUGGGGAAGGUGAACCCCACGUGGAUGGGGAGCCAGGUGAUUUGCGCUUCCGAAUAAAAGUUCUUAAGCACCCAGUCUUUGAAAGAAGAGGAGAUGACUUGUAUACAAAUGUGACGAUCUCGCUGGUCGAGGCACUUACAGGCUUUGAAAUGGAUAUCACCCACUUGGAUGGGCACAAGGUUCAUGUUGCUCGGGAUAAAAUCACAAAACCGGGGGCCAAACUGUGGAAGAAAGGAGAAGGUCUUCCAAAUUUUGAUAACAAUAAUAUCAAAGGCUCCCUAAUAAUAACGUUUGAUGUGGAGUUCCCCAAAGAGCAGCUGACAAACGACCAGCGGGAAGGUCUCAAACAGUUGUUGAAGCAAGGACCGGUGCAGAAGGUCUACAACGGAUUGCAGGGCUAUUGACCUGUGGCAAAACGGGACUUAACAUGAAAAGUCAGAUGUGUUUGCAAGUCUUUUUCUCAUGCCCACCAUAGAACGGGAAAACAGGGAGGGUGGGGCAAUUGUUGAGGUCUAUAUAAGUUUUAUUUUCUUUGUAAAUGGUGAAAGUGCUCAAACGAGUUGGAAAUACUACCCUUUUCAGGACACAACUGGUGCUGCCUAUCAUGUUCCACAUCCUGGAACAACAAAGAGACUCCUUGAGGAAAAAAAAAAAAGGUGGGGAAAGGAGUUUUAAAUUCCACGCAGAUUGGAAUCUCUGGUUUUUAAAUAUUUUGGUGUGACUUUUCUUGACCAUCCUAACAUAUUUUCAUAGCUUCUCCUGCUUUUUAUGUCCUUUGUGUCUGUCUUUUCCAAGUUCCUGUUGGUUUUGGUGGGUUUUUUUGUUAAUCCCAGCCUUUCCUUCCCUUCCCAUCCGAGUCCAGAGCGUGGGGUUGAUUUGGAGUCUGCGUUUCUGGGGCGGUCGCUGUUGGGAGUGGACUGGCGUGGAUUAUGUUGGACCCCACAUAUGGUUGGGAAAACAGAGGAAAAGAGUCUCUUAAGGCUCCUGUGCACUCUCUUAACUACCAAGUAGUCCUCUUGUCCCAAAAAUUAACGCUCGGUUCUAAAUUUCAAGUCUCAAGAAUUUAGCGAAGACUCCUCAGACUUUCACGGUGGGAUUUGUGGAAAAUAAUGGGAACGGUUCCUCAUGGCCUUGGCUCCUUGUUGCCCCCAAAUGUAACCAAGAGCUUGUCUAGAAGAGUCCACUUACCUCCUGCACUCUGUCCUCUGUGAGGACGGGUGACGAUAACAGCACAGAAAUAAAGUUUUUGAGUUGGAAUGGCAAAAAA